UUCGCUUUAAAGGAAAGUAAUAUUAAAGUAGAAAAUUCUCAAAUCAACCCCCCCUGAUAAAUACAGUCUGACUCUAUGUGAUGAGAGAUAGCUAGUGUGGAUUUGUAGAGCUCAAGAGAGAGAUCCUGGUCACCAUGAACCCCAACUCUGGACAGAGAAUGAACAGGCCACUCUUCAGGCCCACUCUGAUGCCCAUGGGCUCAAUGCAACAGGUUGUGAUGUCGACAGGAGGUGGAGUGUUCACUUCGAGUGCUAUGAGUCAGCCCACCACUCUACCAGCUACAUCCUUACAGUCCCUACCCAGUGCUACCCAGUCUGUCGUCAUGCAGCCAAUGAGACCACAACGAUCGAUACCUAAAGCCAACCUGUACCUCUGCAAGACAUCACAAAAUGCAUCAGAUCCACCGAUUGAAGGAGAACUGGAGAAUAGCAACAAGGUCUCCCUCAACAAUCUCGAGGGCUCUUUCAAAGACUUGGACUCCCAACAGGUCAAAGACACACUCAGUUCUUUCCUACCUCACAUACCCGGAGAGUUUGAUCGAAUGCCAGACACAAUGCUGAGACAGCUACUGGAACAGAGGACUAUUGGGGGGAAAGAAUUUUCCCCUCUUUCUGGGCAGGCUCUGCUUGGAUUUCGACUGCUGCCUGGACCGCUCCCUGAGAUGUAUCGUAUGGACCCUCCCUCAGUCGAGGCCAAGCCCCACCACAAGAAGAGGAAGCAUAAACACAAGAACCUAGACAAGGGAGGGGACGGUGGAGAACUAGCCAGUGGGAUGCCAUCUUCAAAGUUUAAAGUUCCUCCGGACGCUUACUCGUUUAUCAAGCAAGACAUGUCAUCAAUCUCCCCACACAUAGCACAUGCUCCACCCCACACAUUAUCACACUCUCACAGUAGCUACAUGUCCGGAGGGGACACCUCAGUCGGGGGUAUGAUCAAACAACACCUACCUGCCAAGGACAUACUUGCAGCAGCUGCUUGUGCACCUAUGGUGACCAAUCCCAUGAGUGCCUCCGCCCAGCUCAUCCCUGGUCCUGGCGGUAAUAUCGUGGACUCUAGAGUGUCUACCUUCCCUGGCAAGAAACCAAAAAAGGUUAAAAAGGAGAAACGAAAAAGGGAGAAGGGAGAAAAGAGAGAAAAGAAGAAAAAGAAGCACCACAGUCAAGACCCCCCUGGCCCCGCCCCCUCACUCCUUCCUCACACACCCAACAUCUUCAACCAAUUCUCGAACUCUCAAUAGAUUAAUAGACUAUAAUUAUUAGGUUGUUGACGUUUUGACAAUUUUGUUUGUGCAAUACUUUUUUUUUAUUGAAUCAAUACAUGUGCGAAUUGAUUCGAAUGAUUCGAAUGACAGUAAAUACUUGUUAUGACACAUUUA